CUAAGUUAGAAUCUGAUAAAAGUGAUCCUGUAGAAAUUAAGUUUUUGUGCCUCGCUUUACGUCACAAAAAGAUUCUACGCAGUUUCCAGGUUCUUAUCGCUUGCAUAAAUAUUAUAGCAUUUAUUUAUUGUGUUAUUGGAGUGACAAUGCUGUACAAUGAAUUAGCCGACUUCAAAAACGAAGUUGUAAUCAUGAUAAAUUGCUUUACUGAUUUCCUAUUGGUUGUAUUCAAUAUAAUUGCAGUCAUUGGUUUUACAAGUAGCCCAUUUACAAUAGAGCUAUUCGUUUUUAUAACUCAGAGCUCCAAUCUUUUAGUGAAAGAGUGUAGAAUAUUUGUAAGGACAUUGCAAAUUUUACGUUGGUGCCCUUUACUAUGUAUGGGUUUGGAAAUUUAUUUCAUUGGUGGAGCAGUAGGGUGGAAUAUUUUUCAAUGCUUCUUCCCUAAAAGUAUAUGGACUUUCAGUUUGAACUUGAUGGUAUGUGGCUUGGUAUGCCUUAUAGCUAAAAUAAGAUGCUAUUUUGCUGCCAUUAAUCACGCUAUUGAAGAUAUCGAAAAAAAACAUCUGGCAUUUCAAAAUGAAGAUAGUACUGUAUACGUUCUGAGAGAAUCUCACCCAAAAAACGAGGAAACAGAUAAUUAUGUUCAAUGUUUGAAUCAUAUUUCAAACCAAUACACACAAAUGUGCAAUUUUAUUGAUAGAUUCAAUUGUUAUAUAAGAUUAUUUUUGGUAAUGGGGAUAUUGAGUAUUACAGUUAAUAUUUUAUGUAGUUGCAGCAUUCUUAUUGAAUUUGGAACCAAAACUAAAACAUUAUUCGAUAUUACAACUCAAAGAGUUCUUCUGGCUGUUCAGCUAAUAUCAAUAAUUAUUAAUGUGGGUCAAAUCGGUCUGUGUGCUCUAAUAGGAGAAGAUUUGCAAAACGAAGGCCAAAAGACUUCAUCAAUUUGCUACUCCAUUUUGAACAAGUUAAAUCGGAAUUCGAAAAAUGAAAAGAAUAAUCUUUUCAUGAAAGAGUUAAAUUUCCUGGUACAACAAAGCCAAUCUCGAAAAGUGUGCGUGCACGCUGGAGGAUUUUUUCAACUCAACUGGGGAAUACUUGGAUCUGUUACUUCGACUGUUGCUACUUAUUCAAUAGUUAUUAUCCAAUUUUUGAUAAAAAGGGAUUAAUUGAAUUUAUUCAAACUACGUAAUUCAAAAAUUCUAAUUUAGAUGUUAGUUUAUACUGAAAACUUUCUACAAAAAAACAAUAAACCGUAUUGAAAUUAUGAAUUAUUUAUAAAUAAAAAUCAAAUGAUAAUAUAUAUUAUUUAAUCAGCCUAUAUAAAAACCUAACAAUAGCAAUAAAGUCGUGAUAUGUACACCGAAAUACAUCCUAUAACUACUACAUAAUAAUAAUAUACCUCUAUAUCUAUACUAAGUAUUUGAAAUAUUUAUAUAAUUUAAUUUUUUUAAUUGUGAACAGCCAAUUUUAGGACAGGUGUUUUGCAUAUUUACAUAUUUUUUAAUAUUAUUAUUGAACUUUUAAUUAUUGUAUUUCAUAUGUUGCCUAAUUUAACUAUGAAAUAUUUAUUAUUAAAGCCACUAACUGUUUGUUGCACUUCAUUAUUCAAAAAUUAGAUUUUGUAGUUGAAAAAAUAAUCUAGGUAUUGCAAUAGAAAUUAAAUUUUCUCGAAUGUUUUAACUUGAAUCAUAACAUGAUAGGUAAUAGGUACUAUUAGAUUUGAUCCUGUAAAUAGAUUUAGGUAGAUAUUAGGAUUGCGAAAAAAAAUAAAAAUAAUUCAAGCAUAGGUACAUGAUUACUGUCAAUCAGUUCUGUCCUAUUUAAGCUUUACAUGUAGUCUUUAUAUUAUGUACACAAUAAAUUCAAUAGUAUCUGUAUCAUAAAUAUAUUAUUCUAUUUAAUUUAUGCCUAUAUGACACAACAAACAGAUAGCAGGAAAUUUUCGUAGUUUGGAUUCUAUGUACCUAUGUACAAGCCAUGUUUGCAAAACUCCUACAGUCAAUACAUAAAAAUGAACCUUUUAUCAUAUAUAUUUUCUAUCUACUGACACUGUGACACUGAAUACUGUAAGAUAUCUGAUAUUGGAACUAUUUUUCUUCAAUACAUACAGUAAAACUAAACUUUACUCAAAUGACUAGGACGUAAUUUAAAACAUCAACGAGUAAAAAUCAUGGAACUUUCACAGUCAAAUUCGAAUGCUCUAAGAUCGUUUUGUUGAACAAUCUUUCGUUUUGGACACUAAUCUCCUCUAUCCUAGUCUUAAGUUCUUCAAUUUCCGACGCUAACUUGUUGAUGACUUGGCCUUGGACAACAGGAUCAAUUACAACCGGAGUUGUUGUGUUCAGUUUAGGAGGUAAAUUUUCUUGGGACUGAUUGGAUACUGGUUCUGAUUUCAGAACUGUUACUGCGAUCGGUUCGUCGUUAACUGUUUGUUGAAUUACUGCUGCAUCACGAC